AUGUCUGAGGCUAUCAAGAACUUCAACGCCUCGAUGCUGAAGCGCGACGUUCUCACCCUCGAGGAGAGUGGAACUACGAGGCAGGUGGUGAACGAGGCCAGGAAGCUUGCGGGCAGACAUUUUAAGGGCCCUGUGCGUACAAGGGAUCCGGAGAUGCAGGCUUGGGAGGAGCUCAUGCGACAGUAG